UAAGUCACGAUUAAAAAACAUGCGAUCAUACAAUAUUCUCGGAGUUAUUACCAGUUGUUAACAGUGAUUUUCAUCGUGGGAAAAAAGCAAUAAAAAAUUGCCACAAAUUUUCUGUUAUAUGAUCCAAACUCGUCUACAGGGCAUUUUAAUUUCAGUGACAGCGCAAAGAAACGCUUCCUACGAAAAAGUUACUGUUAACGAGGUUGCAAUAAUAAGCCAUGAUAAGCGGUAACCCAAGUUUGUGCAACCAUGGGUAAUCAGUUUUGUUUACGACGAAGGAAUGACAUCGCGAAUGCAGAUCCUGUUCUUCAAAGAAAGCAACUAUACACUAUCGAAGAGAUAAAUCUUCUACAGAAACAGUGGCAUUUUAUGAUGAAAGAUGUUGACGACAACGGUAUUAUGUUGUUUACAGCAUUAUUCGCAAGCAAUGUUAACCUGAUGUUGAAGUUUCCGUUUGCAUCUGCGUAUGAAUACGAUAACCAUAAAACCUGCAACGAUGCUCGCUUACUCUUUCAUGUACGAAGAGUGUUUUAUGUUUUUGAUUCAGUCAUCGAUACCCUGUCUAAUGGAAGAUAUACUCAAGAAAUGAGCAAGGUGAAAGAUAUUGGAAAAAUACAUUCAAAAUAUGGCGUCAAACUCGAGGAUCUUCAAGAUUUUAAGACAGCUCUUCUCAAGACGCUCUCUAAAGAAUUGUCACACAAUUAUGACGAAUUUGCGUGCAGUGUAUGGUCAAAAUUUAUUGAUGACAUUAUUCAUUGCAUCGACAGUGGAACUUACGCAGAUGUACACGAGAAAGAAAUAUUUGACAACACAUCAACAUGUCAUGUUCAUAACAUAACUGUGUUAAAACAGUAAAAGAAGAACACUUCAAUGAAUAAAUUGACCACACCCAGGAGCAAGUGGAGCUUCACUCGCGAGCGAGUAAUAGAAGCGAAGCAUGUUUGCUUAGCAUUUCUACGGGCUUAAGACUAUAACAUAACACUAUCAUGACUGUAAUUUAUUUUGAGCUGCGAUAUUAGAAGCCAUGUAACAAAGGAAUAUUUGCAAGAAACAGAUUAAGAAGGAAAAGAAGAACUUCAUGGCUGCUGUUUUACCUACCACAAAAAAACGAAAUUCAAUUUCUUUAAAUCUAACUAAAUGUUAAUAUACUGUACCUGUUUUUUGUGAUUAUAUCUUGUGUUAAAUUUAGGAGGAGUUGACCACAAAACAAUCAUAGUCUGAACAAAUAAAAGUUUACUCGAUUAAAACCUCUUCAGCAACGUAACAUAUCAGGGAUGCUUACAACAAUAUAUAGUUACAUUAACCAUAAUAAACCAUAAUAAAUCUUAUUUAGAACUUAGAAGGAAAUUUUUUUAUUUAUUC